AAGCCAGCACAGAGAUUGAUUGAUAUAUAGAUAGAUACAUAUAGAUGGAGGUAGAGAAAUAGGGAGAGAUGGCGGUGGCAAAUACAGUGGGCACGGGACAUUUGGUCCCAAUGCCCCAAUUCAGGCACUCGCUAUCUUCUUCUGCUCCUCCUCCUCCUCCUCCUUCUUCUUCUUCUUGUUAUUUUGAUUUCUUGGCUAAGAACUCUGUAAAUCUGAGAUUUGUAUUGGGAUUCGGUCGGAUUGGUCACAAACCUCUUCUUAGAAAAUUCAAGAAUUCCAAGCUGGGUUGCCGUUGCAGCACUGACAAUAACAAUCACAACAACAAUAUUUCUUCUUCUUCACAGUGGGAUUGGAAUCGAUGGACCCGCCACUUCUCUGAAAUUGAACAGGCCGAGACCUUUGCCUCUAUUCUCAAGUUUCAACUAGAAGAUGCAAUAGAGAAGGAAGACUUCCAGGAUGCUGCAAAGUUGAAAAUGGCUAUUGCAGAAGCAACAUCAAAGGACACUGUUACUGUAAUUAUGUCUCAGUUGAAGAAUGCAAUAGAAGAAGAGCGUUACCAUGAUGCUUCGAGGUUAUGUAGAAGUACAGGAAGUGGGCUGGUUGGUUGGUGGGUGGGCUGGUCAAAGGAUUCUGAUGACCCCUUUGGCAGAUUACUGCGUAUAACUCCUGGUGUGGGCAGAUUUGUUGGCAGGAGUUACAGUCCAAGACAGUUGGUUAAUGCAUCUCCUGGAACUCCAGUGUUUGAAAUUUUUGUUGUCAAAGAUGUUGAGGAGACAUAUAUCAUGCAGGUAGUAUUCUUGCAGCGCACCAAAGGAAGUUCAACGAAUCAUACAGAUUCAUCAUCCAAUUCAAAGCCCACAAAAUUUCCAUCCACUGCCGAAAUUGAGAAUGCAUCCGUUGUUGACAUUAAAGGGAGUGAAAAUAAAGCAGAAAAAAGUGAAGAGAAGAGCAUAAAUAAUGAUGGAGAAACUGAGGAAGGGAUAAGCAGUGUUAUAAAUUUUCUCAAAGAAAAAAUCCCAGAAUUGAAAGUAAAAGUCAUGAAAUUUAAUGGUACUGGAGAAACAGUAGACGAUAAUGAUUCUGUAGAGCAGUUGAUUCAAGAAGAUGAUGAGAGUAAAAUGGCUGGUAAGACUUCUGAAGACGAAGGUAGUAAUAUGGAUGAUAUUCAGCCUGACCGGGUUGCUCUGGGUGGAGAUAGUGACACAACUGAAGAUGGAAAGAACUUAGACAUGAAGCUUUUUAUUGGUGGAGUUUUACAUAAUAAAGAGGAUACUCCUACGAAGGACGAGUAUGUGCGUGUACCAGCUGAAAUUAAUGAUUUUGAGAGAGAUUCUUUUGUGCUACAUGUUCCAAUAAAAAGCCAAGAACAUGAUGCUGAAGAAAGUAUAGUAUCCAAAGUUAAAGUGGCAGCUAUAGCAGCCCAAGGUAUUUCUGAGCUCAUGCCUCCUGAUGUUGCCAAAGCAUUUUUGAGUUCUGAUAAGGUUUCUUCAAAGGUUUCUAGAGAUUUGCGUGAGAUUGUUAAACUUGCUGUUACUCAGGCACAGAAGCGGGAUCGAUUAUCUGAGUAUACAAAUUUUUCUCGAAUUACCACUUCCAAAGGCGACUUAGAUCCUUUUGAUGGCCUAUAUGUUGGUGCCUUUGGCCCUUAUGGCACUGAGGUGGUGCAAUUGAGGCGUAAAUAUGGGAGCUGGAAUGCUGUGGAUGAUGCUGAUGAAUCUUCGGAUAUGGAGUUCUUCGAGUAUGUUGAGGCAGUAAAGCUGACAGGGGAUCUAAAUGUUCCUGCUGGCCAGGUGACAUUUCGUGCAAAAAUUGGUAAAGGGAGUCGCAUAUCCAACCAGGGGAUGUAUCCAGAUGAAUUGGGAGUGGUUGCAAGUUACAAAGGUCAGGGAAGGAUUGCAGAAUUUGGGUUCCGAAAUCCAAAGUGGGUGGAGGGUGAACUUCUUCAACUCAAUGGCAAGGGCAUGGGACCAUAUGUCAAAGGCGCAGACCUCGGUUUCCUUUAUGUUGUACCUGAGCAAAGUUUCCUUGUGCUGUUCAACCGUUUGAAACUACCGGACUGAGGCAUGUUAGUGCGAACUAUCUAAUCUGACACCCCUUCCAUGCGGCAAGACUUUGAGAAGAUCGUAGCAGUUAAGUCUUCUUUGAGAGUAGAAGUCAGUUUUUCCAACAAUGUAGCUUACACAAGCAGUUGUUUCAUUCUUACGUGUUAAUAUUUUUCUCAAAAAAUAAGAUAAAAGUUUCUGAAGUGUAUAAUAUUUGCUUGCUGGCUGAACGGCUAUAAGAGUCAAAGCGGAUAAUUGUACUGUUUAGGAAGGGUUGUGGUAUGAGUGGUUUAAGGGUUUUUGUUA